UCUCUUGAACUAAACGGAACAUUAGCAACGAGAAAGAAACCAACAGUUGCGCACAUAAACGCAGCGGGAUUAUUGUGUGUGUUUAUUUUUAUUUAGAGUUUUAUAUCUGAAUUAUUUGUAUAAUAUUUAUUUUCGGACCAUUGAAAGCUGGCGGUUUUACAAAGUGCAUUUUAUGGUGUUACGUAAAAAGAUUCCGCGAAAUAAAAAUCAAGCAGUGAAUUUUGGAUCAGGCAACGAGAUAAGCCAGAGAAAAAAAAUAACAUAAAGAAAACAAACGUGUCAAAUAGAACACUUACAAACGGACAAACAGCAUUUGCAGCAGAACUGUGUGUAUAUGCAUUCGUUUAGUACUCGGAACUAUCACUUGAUGCAUUAAGGAAAGUGACUUCAUCCGGAUGUCAGACCAUUUAUUUUCGGGCUAGACAACACGUUUACGUUCGCGAAUUUAUCUAUAUAAAGUGCAUCUCUGAAUACAAAAUUCGGUUUAACACUCACACCAAACAAUUUUCAUUGUGUAAAAACAUUUUGAAAUUUAAGCGCUGAAGAUUUUAACACAGACAUUUGAAUCAAACUCAAACGAGAGUAAAGUCAACUUAAAAUUCCAUAGUUCUCAUUGUUAGGAGACUUCCUCGCAUUUAAAUCGCAUGUUCUCUGUGACAAAAUAUAGUGUGUGAUCGAGGGAGAAAGAGAAAACAUUUGUCGAACGAACUAUCAAGUGUGCGUACAUACGUGAUAGUGUUUAAAAACGUUGCCAGCAAUCAACAGCAGUAAAAACAAUUUUGGAUAUAAAUUUUGUUGUGCAAAAAUCACCAUCCAAAAAAUGGCAUUUCGAGCAAUUAUGGUAUUUUGCGCAUUGGCAUUGCCAAUGACCAACGCAGUAAUUAACACAAAUUCGAUCGAAUCAAAAAUUGAACGACGAGAAGCGUUCCAAACUUACGGGCCACCGCCAAUACAAUCACAACCACAACAACAAACUAUUGUUUUGCCAACACCCGUUUAUGGAGCACCGGCAAUCGGAAAAUAUCCACCACCCCCACCGGAAAGACCACCACUACCGUCCAAGGAAUAUGGAAUUCCAGUCCGUCAGUAUGGACCCCCCAAGGUGCAAAUUGAAUACGGCGCCCCACCAGUGGCCCAGUCACAUCAACAAAUCCAAACAAAUAAUCAUCGGCAUCAACAAGUUAUAAAUCAUAAUAGCCAAAAUAGUUUGUCCUUUUUCGAUCAAAUAAAAGAAACCUUUGGAUUUGGAUCGUCGGGCAAUCAACCACCACAUCAAUCGUAUGGACCACCACCACAAGCACCCAUCAACCAUUUUACACCGCCAAAAGUGUAUACUAAAUACGGAGUACCAUCAAAACCACAAUUUAUAUCAAAACCGCCUACAAUCUAUGGCCCUCCACAGUCAAAACCUCACACCAAUUACGGUCCACCAAAGCAAUAUCAACCACCCGUACAAUUGAAGCCAUUUUACGGUCCCCCAAUUAAGCCAGCUGUUAACUUCAAGCCCCAGCAACCACAACCACAAAUUCGGCAACCUCUUCCUGGAUACGGUGUACCCGUAUUUCAGUCAAUACCGUCAUUCUCGCACCAACAAUCAAUCCCUUCGUUCCCAAAGCCAAUCAAGGGAGCUGGUUGUGAUGGUUGGAAACCAAUUCCCGGUCCAUCGUUUGGCUCACAAUCCAUUGGACACAGUGGCUCCGCUUCAAUUCCAGCAAUUCAACCCGAAAAUGUGUACUUGCCACCACAAUCAAAUCCACCUGUCGAAUCAACUUUCUCAAUUCAACCCGAAAACACUUAUGAAGUGCCACAAUUAAAUACUCAUACUGUCCCUGAAUCCGUACUCACUGUUCAUCCAGAUAAUACGUAUUUGCCACCAGUAGCAAAUUCACUUCAUGUUGCCGAUUCAAGCCUUGCCGUCCAUCCACUGCCAACGAAUCUUCAACUUCCAGUUGCCGAAGCGACCAGUUUUCACAAUGACGUAAAUUUGGGAUCAAACAUUGCAUCAGGCUUGGGAUUGACAAGCAUUAAUGUUGUUAAAAGCGAAGGAAUUGAGCUUUCAAAUAACUUUGUAGAUUCAUACUCAUUGCCACCAGCAGAUUCGUUUGCACCAAACUUUCAUAAGAGACCGCCAACUGGUUUAACGCCGCCCAAUUCAUUCCCAUAUCCGUUGAGUUUUAAACGUCCAAUUCACGUGAGUGCACCACGACAUCCAGUUUCAUUCAGACCACCAGUGCCACAAGGUUUACUCGAAAGUAUCGGUCAAUCUGUACAACAUCAAGAUCAAUUCGGUGUUAAAAUUCGUCCACAAUCAAAUGUUUACCUACCACCUCCAACCAAUGAAAUUCCACCACCACUAGGUCACAAUUCAUUGCCAUUAGCGCCAGCCGUUCCAUUCCAUUCGGGUCCACCAAAGGGUAAUCUCUUCGACCAUCAAUUUGUGUAUUCUCCAUCACCAUGUAGUCACGGUCCAAAUUUAGCUGGUGGACAUUAUGCUAGUAGCUCAAAUCAAUUUGGAUCAAUUCCACAAUUGCAAACGGUCUAUGGUGUGCCAAACAAUCAAGCGUUAGACGUUAGUCAAUCGAGUAGUUUUGAAAUUGCACAAAAUUCCGGAAAUCAAGGAUUGCUCACCAGUUAUGGGCCACCUGCAUCCGGAAAUCCAGCCGAUAGUUUUGCACAUGGUAGUCAAAAAUCACUGACAACCGUUCAAAUCGAUAGUGUAAAUAGUAGUGUAACAAGCAAUGUAAAACACGAACCAAUCGACACUCUACCAGGUCUUUCAUCAUCAGGCUUAGAUAUUAUAUCAGCACAAAAAUCCGUUAACAUUGAAAUACCUGUUCAAGGUCAACAUGGUUCAUAUUCGUUGCAAUUCCAAGCUGCAGACCCGUUAGCUAGUCAAAAUAAUGAAAUUGAUACACCUGAUCACCAAAAGUUGUUGGACCAAGGGCUAUUACAAUCGAUAUUAUCAGCCAUCGAACAACCAAAAUCUACCGAUCAAUCAUCAACAAACGAAAGCCUAGAUAACCAUCCGGAUGUUAAUGAAUUUGCACAGAGUACAAUUGGCCAAGAGACAUUAGCCGAAGUUAAAGCCGAAUAAAUAGCAUUUACAAGUAUUCAAACACAAAAAAAGAGCUGGGAAUUGCAAAUAUACAAUUCUAUUGAAUAAAAAAGAGGAAUGCAAUGAAUGAUGUGGAUGUGAAAAAAGAAGCAGCGCCAAUGUUGUUAGCUUAAAUUAUUCUGUAUGUUAAACAAUGUAACAACAUGAAAAGGGGCAACAGCGACAACUCAAUGCAAAGUUGUGUGGAUUGAAUGUGAAACGAGCUAAUGGUGAGUAAACGAGCGAAUGAACGAAUGAAUGUGUGUGUGCAUGUAAAUGCGAUUGCAAGACAGUUCAAAAACCAAUUUAUUUAUUUUCUUCUAACCAUUUUUUUUACAUUUUAUUUAGAAAAUAUAUAUUUUAUUAAAUGGGGACACUUUGUAUUACAUGUAGACAUUUUUUUAAUAGAUGAGAAAAGAGAAGAAUAAACGAAGUAUUAAGUAGAAGCAGAAAAUAAAGGGAAGAACGAACGAAGACAACAAUUGUAGUUUUACCGUUGCCAUAAAUUUAGAAGAGUUAUUAUUGUAAAUGCAAACUGAAAGUGAAUAGAGCAUUUUAUGUUAUAGGAAUGGCACAUAUAUACACACUCACACACAUAUAUACAGCCACGAUCGUGGUCAGUCGUUGGUCAAACGUGUGUUGCACACAUGUGAAUGGGGUAUUUUUUUGUUUGAUUCGUGCAUUAAAUGGACAUGAAAAUAAAUUGGGUAAAGAAUUCGAUUGUUUUGAUUUUACCAUUUUUGGCCUUUGACUUUGCCGCAUCGUGCUUUUUUGUCCUCAUUUUUAUCUUUUCAAUUAAAGUCUCGUUUUUACUACUCAAACUGUUGUAAUUAUCAUAUGUAUUGCAAAUGUAAAAUUCAACAAUAUAUACUUAGGUUAUAAGACUGUUAAUAUUAAAUUAUAAAUUCGUGUUGUAGAUCUUAUGACAUAAAACUACAUAUAAAUUUUAAUUGAAUAAAGAACAGAAAACUACCGUAAAA